AGGAGGACCCAGAGCCCACACAGAUUAAAGAGGAACAGGAGGAACUCAGGACCAGUCAGGAGGAAGAGCAGCUUCAAGGGCUCUUUGAUACCAAAGACUCUAUAUUCACUCCUUCCUGUGUGAAAAGUGAAUGUGAUCAGGAGGACCCACUUCAGUCCUGGACUCUUCCCCAAACCCAGACAGUGGAGAACAGAGAGAGUGACUCUAAACCAGUGGAUCUCAAACCUUUUGGCACUCUGACCCACCUAAAGGGUCUGGACAUUCCCUGUGACCCUCCAGAUAAUCAGAACAAUGCCUCCAGCCACAGCUCAGCCGUAAGCAGCGACCCAGUAGGACUUGACAGCAGUCCACUAUUGGAUCCCAGCCUAACAUUGGAUCGAAACUCACCAAUGGGGGAACACGGUUUCAAACCCAGCACCAAGUCUAGAAAUACUCACUGCUGCUGUGACUGUGGUGAAACGUUUGCCCUGAAAGAUGACCUGCAGAGGCAUGUGACUCUCACCAAGAAGAGACCCAGUGAAUGCCGCUUCUGCAAAAAACGCUACAACUCCACCUGUAAACUGAAGGCCCAUGUCAAACUCUGUCAAGGUGGGAAACCCUGCACCUGCCCUGUUUGUGGAAAGACCUUCAAACACAAAGGAGAUUUGUCCAGGCACAUGAUGAUUCACACAGGAGAGUUUCACACAAGAGAGAAACGAUUUAGCUGUGGUGACUGUGGGAGAAGCUUCCAUCAGAAAGGGGACCUACGGAGGCAUAUACUGACUCACACAGGAGAGAAAUUAUUUAGCUGUGGUGACUGUGGCAAAAGCUUUAGUCUCAAGAACGUCCUAACUGAUCAUAUGCGGAUUCACACAGGAGAGAAACCAUUUAGUUGUGGUGACUGUGGGAAAAGCUUUAAUCAGAAGGGGUACCUAACCCUGCACAAACUGACUCACACAGGAGAGAAAUCAUUUUGCUGUGGUGACUGCGGGAAAAGCUUCUAUCGGAAGGGGCACCUAACCAUGCACAAACUGACUCACACAGGAGAUAAACCAUUUAGCUGUGGUGACUGCGGGAAAAGCUUCAAUCGGAAGGCGGACCUAAGGAGGCACAAACUGAUUCACACAGGAGAUAAACAACAUGGCUGCUCAGUCUGUGGUAAAAGAUUCACUCAGAAGACUAAUCUGUUGAGGCAUGUGGAUAAAGUCCACAAAGAAAGGAAACAGGACAGAAACUGAAAGAGGAAAGAACAUUAGGACAAAGAGAUUGUCUGUCAGGUAACUGUAAGGCACCAAAAUAGGAAAAAUGCCAAGAUAUGCCACUCUAAGUGCCGAUACGAUAUGUAUUGAAUCACCAGGGACCUCACAAAACCAUAGCAUCAUACUUAGGUGCCGAUACGAUAUGUAUUGCUAUACGAUAUACAGU